GAAAAAAUGGCGCCCGGUCCCCUGGGCCGCUUCUUCUUCCUCUGGCGUUCUCCUUUCUCCGUCGCACGGCUUGCAGCGGUGCGGGACUCGGUCUCCUGUUGUUGGGCCGUCUUCCUCGUGCCGUUCCCUGGCCCAGGGAUACAGUACCCCGACGCCGUCAGCGGAGCGGCCCCUAAAGGCGUGUUUUCCUUGGAUCGGGUGGAGUCCAGGGGUGUCGCUGGUCUCUUCGCGUCUGCUUCCCCUCUCGGACAAAGAAGGGAAAAAGACUGGUGGAACAAGGAAGCCGCAGAAUUCGAAAGAUAACAAGUGAUAUCUACAGCAAGGCCCAUGGUUGGAAGCCGGUUGACAGGCGUCUCCAGUGACAUUUUGCUGCUGCUCAUGCAUCUUUUGCUUCUGGAUGUAUACAGCGUGUCUGCUUUUGGUAGAUAAAAACUAGCGUUCUUGUCAUUCCUGGUGAUGUGAUGUUCCCGGCUGCUUUUGGGGCAUAUCCUUUGUAGAUAUUCAGUGUUAUCUGUUAGACUGUCGGUCUUUUGUUGGUUGACCGUAUUCCUUCUGCUGGGUUUAAUGCUUUGUGUAGCUGAUAUUGUGGUAGGCUUAUCGGCUUGUGUCUGUUGGUUUGUCGUGAUUCCUGUAAGAACUAUGUUUGGUUUCUAUUUC